UCUUCUAACAGUUUGGCAAGCGAUAUAUGGCUGUGUUGUUGUCAUCGCUAGUUGUCAUCGCGCAAUGUUAAAAAAACAUUACAAACUGCUGCUAAAAUGUGCGCUUGCCGUACCUCUAAUCUUUCUGGUGGACUUUUGUGGCAUUCUGACACAUCUAUACGAACUGGACUUUGAGACGCACUACUAUUACCCGCUGCACAAUGACACCGUUCCACCGCCGCUGGAUUACAAAUUUAUCCAAAUGCCAGCAUUUAUGAAAAAUCACGACUCAGCGGAUCCGCCCCGAUUGACUAUUUUGGUAAAGAGCGCCAUUGGCAAUCUGGAGCGACGCCAAGCCAUACGCAAAACGUGGGGCUAUGAGGCUCGUUUCUCCGAUGUUCAUAUUAAGCGAGCCUUUGUGUUGGGCACAUCCGCCAAGGGUGCAGGUGUUAAGGAUGCAGCGCUGAUCGAAGCGAAACAACAUGGGGACAUAAUCCGUGCUGACUUUGUGGAUACGUACUUCAAUAACACCAUCAAGACGAUGAUGGGCAUGCGCUGGGCCAGCGAACACUUCAACACCAGCGACUUUUAUCUGUUUGUAGACGACGAUUAUUAUGUGUCCAUUAAGAAUGUGCUGCGCUUUCUUGGCAAGGGACGCCAGACGCAUCAUCAGAGUCUUUUAUUUGCCGGCUAUGUAUUCCAGACCGCUCCACUGCGGCACAAGUUCAGCAAGUGGUAUGUUUCGUUAGAGGAAUAUCCAUUCGACAAGUGGCCAGCGUAUGUGACAGCGGGAGCGUUUCUCUUGUCAAGGGAUGCCUUGCUCAAGAUGUAUACAGUAGGGCGUUCCAUUCCACUGUUCCGAUUCGAUGAUAUCUUCCUGGGCAUGGUAGCACUGAAGGCGCACAUACCCGUUCAUCACUGCGAUGACUUUCAUUUUCAUAGGCCCAAAUAUUUUGGGCCGGAUAGCUAUAGUGAUGUGAUUGCCUCGCAUGGUUUCGGCGAUCCCAUCGAGAUGGAGCGCGUUUGGAAUGAAUGUCGAUCGGCAAAUUAUGCGUAGCAAUUGUUAACGUUGACAAUUUUGACAAUUGGAGAGCACUCAAAUGUGUUUAUAUAUAUACCUGCAAAC